AAUUGACCCUGGAUCCGUUCACAGCCAUAUACACAUCUCCUAGCUAUUCACCCUGAGGAUGGGUCUCUCCAUUCUCUCUUUCUCCCUACCAACAUGGAUUUGAAUCCGUAUACAAUCGGAAUUACCACUCUUGUCGCGUUUUUGGCGUACAAGUACGUCAACGCACGUGUUCAACGGUCCAAAUUGGACACAAUUCCCACAUUGGGUCCCGACGGGGUAUUCUCCUCCUAUGCCACAGUCUGGCGCUACCUGUUUCAUGCACGCGAUUUGAUUGAGGAAGGGUGUCGACAGUACCCUGGAACAGCGUUCAAGAUCCCGACUCUCUUUGGCUGGAAUGUUGUUUUGAAUAGUCGCGAGAUGUUUGAAGAGCUGAAACGAGCCUCCGAGGAAGAUAUCUCUAUCAUGGAGGUGUUUGAAGAUCUCCUUCAAUUGAAGUACACAAUAUCACCAUUCAUUCACAGAAACCCGUAUCAUCUCGAUGUCAUUCGCACUACUCUCACUCGGAACAUCGGUGCAAGGUUCGACGAUAUCCGAGACGAAAUCCAGGUUGCGUUCUCGGAGUUUAUUCCACCACAAGAUGAUUGGGUAGAACCGUCAAACAUAAUCAAGACCAUCCAGGACAUCGUGGUUCGAAUUUCCAACAGGUUUUUCGUUGGCCUACCGCUGUGCCGUAACGAAGACUGGUGCGAUUUGAACCUCAAAUUCACCAUCAAUGUCAUGGUCAACGGUAGUCUCAUCGGCUUCUUCCCAAAAUUCUUGCACCCGAUAGUCGGCCGCAUCAUUACAAACAGAAAGUCCAGUUUACGGCGUGCAGUGAGGCAUCUUACACCAAUUCUCAACGAGCGCUUUGCUAUGGAACGGGAAUAUGGUCGAGAUUGGCCUGAUAAACCCAACGACUUGAUUUCUUGGCUGAUCGACACCUGCGCUCAAAACGGUGAAGACUGGCAACGAGGGUCUUACGAAGACCUUGCUUUACGAUUAAUUGCCACGAAUUUCGUCGCUAUUCACACCACAUCCCAAGCAUUCACUCAAGCGCUGUUUCAUUUGGCCGCCAACCCACAAGUCGUUGAACCUCUUCGUGAAGAAUAUAAGACCACGGUUGAGGGUGAGGGAGGAUGGUCGAAAGUUGCUAUGGUUCAGAUGCGUCUCUUGGAUAGUUUCAUGAAAGAGUCGCAGAGACGACUUAUAUCUGCAAGUAAGUGCGCUCCCGAACUCUAUGCUCAUCGGUCGAUCCACCUUCCACAGUUGGCACCACUCGCCUAGCGCAAAAAGAUUAUCGAUUCGCUAAUGGUGUUGUACUACCCGCCGGAACAAAAGUAGGAGUGGCCACGUAUCAUUUCCACCAUGAUGAGUCGAAAUACCCAUCUCCUCUUGAAUUCAAACCGACUCGUUUCUCGGAGUUGAGAGAGAAUGAAGGAGAGGGUGUAAAACAUCAGAUGGUCACGCCGACCGCCGAUUGGUUGACAUUUGGUGCAGGAAAACAUGCGUGUCCUGGGCGUUUCUUCGCGGUCAACGAGAUCAAAGCUUUACUUGCACAUGACAUCAUGACAUAUGACAUAAAGCUCAAAGACUCUGAAGAGUUCCCGAAAGAGAUGGAGUUUACGGUGUUCGUCUCUCCGAAUCAGAGUGCCAAAGUACAGUUCAGGAAGCGGAGGGUGGUGUAAUAUUUCAAUGGUGUCUGAAAUCGGUGCUUAAGU